GCGGCUGAACCAUGUGGAACGUGUUGCGUUGACUUCGUCGGUGUAACGUCGCUCGUUGAAACAGUUGUCAACAUUCUCGUUCAUAAUGAACGCGAUUCCUAUUGAAAGCGUAAAGAUAGUGCGGUAACAACAGAUGUUAUUGAUGUUGAUGACUUUAGCUGCUCUAAACAUCGCUGAAUAAUGGGGAAAUCUAAGACCAAGAACCAGAAGAAGUCCCGAGCUACAGCUAACCAUGUGGCCGAGGAGACCUACGGCGCGGUCCCGCACUCCUUCGUGUUUAAUCGGGGUCAGAUUGGGAAAAACGUGGGUCAGCUCAUUGUGGACGUGCGGAGAGUCAUGGAGCCGUUCACCGCGGAGUCUCUGAAGGUGAGGAAGAAGAACGUGCUGAAAGACUUUGUAGCCAUCGCAGGACCACUGGGAGUGACUCACUUCAUGAUGUUCAGCAAGACUCCCAGCUGCAUAAACAUGAGACUUGCUCGACUUCCCAAAGGUCCCACGCUUCAUUUCAAAGUGCUCAAGUACUCUCUGGUCAAAGAUGUGGUUUCGUCCCUGAAGAAGCACCGGAUGCACGAGCAGCAGUUCACGCACCACCCGCUCCUCAUCCUCAAUAACUUUGGAUCUGACGGCAUGCACGUCAAACUCAUGGCCACCAUGUUUCAGAACAUGUUUCCUUCCAUCAAUGUGCACAAGAUAAGCCUCAAUAAUAUCAAGAGGUGUGUGCUGCUGAAUUACAACCCAGAGACCCAGGAAAUUGAAUUUCGUCAUUACAGCAUGAAGGUUGUCCCCGUGGGAAUGAGCCGCGGCGUGAAGAAGCUGAUGCAGGAGAGGUUCCCCAACAUGAGCAAGUUUGAGGACAUCAGCGAGCUGAUGAUAAAGGGAGCGAAUCUCUCCGAAAGUGAAGCCGAGCAAGACGGGGAGCACAACAUAACGGAGCUACCGCAGGUCUACUCCGGCAGAGGCAACAUGGCGUCCCAGCAGAGUGCCGUCCGUCUGACCGAGAUUGGUCCUCGCAUGACUCUGCAGCUGGUGAAGAUACAGGACGGCAUGGGAGACGGGAGUGUCCUCUAUCACACCACGAUCUCCAAGACGGAGGAGGAGAUCCAGGAGAUCCUGAAGAGGAAGGAGGCCCAGCUGAAGGAGAAGGCCGGUCGCCGGAAAAAGCAGGAGCAGAACGUCGCUGAGAAGAAAGAGAAACGAGACGUGAACAAGAAAAAGAGCCUGGAAGGCAUUAAGAGGAAACACGCCGAGGCUGAAGAGGACAGUGAGGUGGAGGAUCCCGGGAUGCAGGACAAUGAGGUCGCUGUUGUUGAAUCUGAUGAUGAGGUGGAGUACUACAGACAGGCUGUAGGACUGGAGCCAGAUGAAGACAUGUUCCCCGCUAACAAGAGGAGGCACGGCUCAGAGAGGACUCAUGACCCUGCCAAGAAGAGGAAGAUGUCACCGGGUAAACCGUUUAGAAAAGACAGAGACACUAAAUCCCCCAUGAGAAGCGGUCCAGGAGGACACCGAGACAAAACAGGAAAGGGCGGGGAGAAACCGUUUGGGAGGAAAAUGAAGCCUGGAGGAAAGGCGUUCGGAGCAAAGAAGUUUGGCGACCGGGACAGGAAGUUUGGCGACCGGGACAGGAAGUUUGGCGACCGGGACAGGAAGUUUGGCGACCGGGACAGGAAGUUUGGCGGGAAGAAGAAUUUUGAUGGGAAGAAGACAUUCGGUGGUAAUAAAAAUACGGACAAAUCUAAAGGUCCAAAAGGCAAGCCGGCCUUCAAGAAGAAGGGUCCAAAGCACGGCUCUAAACAGAGGAAGGGGAAAGUCGAGAUGGAGAAUAACUUCAGGUGUGAGAAGAUCCAGAAGCCCCUGCUGCCCUUGAUGUAUGGCGUGGAGUUCCCCCUGGCCCUGGCCGGAAACCUGUUCGCCCUGUGGCUGCUGGUGGUCCGAGAGAGGCGGAACUGGCACACCGGGGUGGUCCUGGCCUGUAACCUGGCCAUCAGUGACCUGCUGUAUGUCCUGACCCUGCCUCUGCUCAUCGUCUACUACUCCCUGGACAAACACUGGGUGUUUGGCGAGGCUGCGUGUAAAAUCGAGAGGUUUCUUUUCACCUGCAACCUGUACGUGAGCAUCUUCUUCGUCAUGGCGAUAAGUGUGAACCGGUGUGUGGCCCUCGCGUUUCCCUUCUUCACCCGGUCCCACGUAGAGCCCGUCCACGCCAAGGCCGUCAGUGUCCUCAUCUGGGUCCUUGUAGCAGUCAUUUCCUGCCCUGUGCUGAGAUUUGCCUCAGUUUGCCAAAGUGGGAACACGACUCAGUGUGUGUCCUUCUGUCCCCAGCGUCUCGGGAAUGAAAGCCCUCACUUCACUUACAAAAUGUUCCUGGCUGUGUUUGGUUGUCUGGUUCCCUUUCUGGUUACUUUCUCUUCUUACUGUGUGGUGAUUUCCGUGGUGUGGAAAAACAUCAGUGUAACCACACUGGAGAAACGUAAGGUAGCCCUGUUAGUCACAUCAGUGAUUGUGCUUUAUGCCGUUUCCUUUAUGCCGUUCCACGUCUUCCAGAUCUGGCACUUGUACAGGAAAAUCCAUACACCCAACACUGAUGUUUGUUGGGUGUACUACAUGUACCAGGUGUCCAAGGGACUGGCAACUCUGAACAUGUGCAUCCAUCCAAUCCUUUACUUGGCUUUGUUUGACAGUAUGAGAGUGGCUAGUUGUGGGAAGAGCCAAGAGGACGACAACAGGGGGGGGAGCACGAAGUACAGAGCUGCUGCUUGACCAGGAAGUUCAUCAUGUUUUCAUGCUGUAAAAACUUGCUCUAGUUUCUUGACUUGUUUUUUCUGAAAGUUAUUGUUCAACUAACUUUGCAACAUAAUCCUCUGUAAUAAAUACGUUGUUACAGAGGAAUCCUGUUCUCUUUGAGCAAGUGUUUUAAUGAAGCAAUGUUGACUUGUGACCUUCUCAUCCCAGUUGUUGUAAUACAAUAUGGGAUUUGUUUUCAGAUCUUUUGAAAGAUGAAUGGUUAAUGCAUUCAGCAAUUCUCAACUAACAAAAAAGCAUAAAUUACAGAGAAGUAAAUAACAAAAAAAUUGUUGUGUAGCCGUCACAGCCCGGCUCAAAACCAGCAACAAAAAACAAUGUAAAAAUAAAUGUAUGGCAGUAGUGUGAGUGGACGCAUGUAAAUUUGCUGCAUGGGUGUCGUGCUGUAAAAACAAAGAAACGAAACUAAAAGCCACAAAAAAAAGGUGUAGGCUGACAAGUGAGAUGCUAACAAAAACUCACGUUUUUAUGCAUGUGGUCACAGCAGGCCCAGGUAUACCACUGAUUACUCCCCAAUCAGGUCUGCAGCCCUAGAGAUAGAAAGCACAGAAGAAGACUGUGACAGCUGCAGAAAUAACAUUUCUUUAUCUCUCGUGAAAGUUAUUCCUUGCAUGAAACUCACACUCGGUUUUUCUCUCUCCAAGAAAUAGACAAGAAUAACUGAUGUAUCGACACGACUCUGUCACUUCUCCCCUCUGU